AUGUCUCUCAGUAUGAAGCAAGCGUGCCCAGACGGCGGCAUUGGAUCCGAAAAAAUAUACAUUACUUCAAAUUUAGAUAAGUAUAUGUCGAAGGAUGCCAACAGCUCGCUUAUCCCGUUCUUAAACAGAGCUGAAACGGCUUCUGAGUCACCGCUUAUCAGGCAGGAAACCUAUUACGAAGAUUCCACAAUUAGAGAUAAAUCGUCAGUUUCUGCAGGGCUGCUCGAAAAUCUUGACACGAUUGAGGAUGAGGAGUUCGACAUAGAGGAAAUUAACGACAAGGGUUUCAAUUACGCCCCAAAAACACUUCUGGAAGCAGUGGACACAAUGCUGAUCAUUUUGGAGGAUCUGGGCAACCGCUACAGCAAAUGGAAGUACGAAAACAAUGGAAUAUACAGGUUCUAUUGCCACAAGUACAACCUGACGAACAUAGACGCCUCCCGCCCUUACUACAGCAAGAUACUAAACCAGUUGAACAACAUAGAUUCAAUCUCACUUCACCUCCUGUCAACUCACUAUAAAGCGAAAUCUGAUUCUGCAGUAUACACAUCAAACGAUUUAGUUGAUAACAUUCUAUGUCAGCUAGAUGAGCUGGUUAGUUGCUACUGUAGUAAGAAGUGUGCAUUCGGCAUUUCAAACGAAGUCUUUCACGUAUGCUCCGACAUAAGCGCACAUCACACGAACCUGAAGUGGAAAUAUCCAACCACAGCGGAACGGUUCCUGGCAUUAUCAAAGGCCACGACGUCUGAGCGAUCAGUUCUCUCAGAAAAGAUCAAGUCAAUGGAAAGGAACCCGUCCCUCGAGUGGAGUAGACCACUCAGCAGGAGUUUAUCUCUAGACCAGAACAUACUUCAUAGGCCGAUUUCGACCGAGAGUGUCGCCGAAGCUGACGCACACUCAGAGAGGCCUAAACUCGAGGGAGUCCUGGAAAAAUUGGAGAAUGGAGCGAAUGAUUUAAACCACGACCUCGGAGAGUCGUGUUUCAUUAGAGAGAUGGGCGACUACAACAAGUGCGUGAUGCUGUACUUCUCAGAGAGAGGAAUCAUGCACAACUUCAGCCAGCCGUACGUCAAGGGAGAGGAGGCGGUCCCAGUACACCCCUUUCUGAGAGCGGUAAUAUGCUAUAACUGCGGCAAGUUCUGCAGAUGCAGGUGCCAGAGGAAGAUAUUUAGAAAUGACGCGUCCGAGGCAGAUUUCUACCCUCACAUAGACGACAACCUCGAUAUUUUCGAGAGGAGAUCUAAGGAGUUUAUUAACGAGAUUUAUCUCGACUUCCGCGGAAAGAGUAGAUUGAACGAAUUGUCAUUCCUGCUUAAAAAUAAGGAAAACGUGACUAUAUGCCAGAAGGACCUGCGUUCAAUACACCUGCACACAGUAAAAAGCGCCUGCGGAAGAAUACAGUUCCUUACUUCGACCAUUGAAAGCAUGAGUCCGUCAAACAGAGAAUCCGAUGAGCAGGGAAUAGAGGACACGAAGAAGAGGCCAGGCCUCAUAAACACGAACAUCACGAAGGGCUCCAAAAUUGACGCAAGCAUGGGCUCAGUGUACUACUCGAACCUGUUUAGAGGAAACGUCGCAAAGGUGUCUGCGAAGGAAAUAUUUGAGAUAAUCAACUCAGUGCCGUUCUCAUGUGUGCCAGCGGAGCUGUUCAACGCCUACAAAAAGGCAGAGUGGUAUGAAAUGUACUCGUCAGUGUGGUGGAGGCUGGACACAAGGUUCGAGGAGGCGCAGCUGCUGGAAGACGAGGGGAGCCUCGAGCCGUACAUCCUGAACGCACUCCACGCACUGGGGUACCUGGGAAACAUAAGGUACGACCCGAGCCUUAAGGUGAUCGGAGUAGGCUACUUCAGAAAGAAGAACUGCUACUGGCGCUACUUCUACGUGAAGGACCUGUGGGAGAGCUUCAGGUGCGCAGUGGAGUACUUCAUCCUCAUAAGCACGCUGCCGAGCGAAGUGCACAUUGACCACAAGCUCCUGUGCUUCGUGGCGUCCAGGAACGGCGUGCAGAAGAAGUUCUCGUUUCACCCCUCGGUACUUAACGCGUACACGCACAUGGUGGCCUUCGUUAACGGGAACGAGUACGGAAGGCCCUCGAGGUCGAGGAGCUACUCCUCGGAGAGAAGGUUCUACAUAAAAAACCCAUGCGGAGUGGACCACUUUGACCCCGAAAAGGUGGGAACGCAGAAGUGCACAGUGGCAGACGUGCUGGAGGUGUCUAUCAAGAGGAAGCUGAUAUCACUGCCGGACGCCUCGGCGCCGAGAAGACACUACACGCAGAAGGCAGCCACCGCAACCCCAACGAUUAAGCUGAAGCUUGACCCGCAGCUCAUCUACCAGGGAAUUUUCGUCUCCACGCCAACGAGCUCGUCGAACAGCACGACGGCAACCAGCAUAUCGAACCAGAACCAGUCGCCACGAGCCCCGGGAAGCGGGACGAACAGCCGGGUAGACCUCACGCCGAACAACUCGUUCUAUAGCAGCUGCAAUGCGAUACUCCCUAACCCAGCAACGCCCAGAGGAACCAGCAGUUACAACUACACACAAUAUAACAGCGUCAACAGCAGCGGAGGCCUUGAUUCCGACACGACAAUUGAAGGCCCGCACUCGAACGGCAACAACAUAAACAGCAACACAAUCUCAAAAGCCUGCUCAGAAGUAAAAGAAGGAAUGACUGUGGAUAACCUGUUUGAUUUGAAACUGAACAACCUUAAUAUUAUCCUUUCUUAUUACCCAGAUGUAUGUACACAAUAUAAUACGAUCAUUAAGCAGGCUAAUGACCUGAAGACACAACUGGCGCUGCUGUUGUCGGACCUGAAGUGCAUAGUAUUCGACCCUCUCCAAAACGGGGUUGAGCUGUUCCCGAACAACUUUAAUUCGCAAAACGGAGAAGCUGGAGGACCAAAGCACGAAUCCACUGACAAUGCAAAUGGCAACGCAGAAGUCAAGGAAGUCGCGGACCUGCUUAAGAAGAAGGCAGAAGCGGCGGGAGCGAAAAAGUACAAGUUGCCGAUGUCGGACGUGUGCUACAACAGCGCCACAAGCAGCUGGGUGUGCUUCCUGGAGGUGAUGCCGUGUCUGGUGUGCCCACUCGAGUGCGACAGGACCGGAUCCUGCGUGUACUACACGCAGGGGAAGAGGCUGAUCGAGUUGAUCUGCAGCAAGAUGAAGCCCUCGAGCGUCCAGUACGCGUUCCACCCGCACUUCAGCCCCGACUCGCACCAAAACCACCAGGACAAGAAGCAGGAGGUGGGCGUGGUCAGCUUCUCAGUAAAUCAGUUCGGCCAGGAGCGAGCGAAGCUUCUGGCAUCGCAGUUGAAGGCCACCUACAAGACUCAGGCGCUGAACACCAUGCUGCACAGCGUCUCAAAGGACAAGAACGGGAACUCUGGAGACACGAAGAAAAGCAACGAAAGUGGCGGCGAGUUGCCCAAUUCGUUCGAAAUGAAGAUCCUUCACAACGUAAUCACGGCGCAUUUGACGACACUGAUGUCAAUCCACUCGUACAUUGUCUACGACGACGAGGAGUACGAUGCGUUGGAGUCGAAGAACUUCAGAAGGAUUGACAUUGAAAAGAUUUUGAAGGGCCACCUUGGGAAGAACAGGGGCUCGAGCGACUCGACGAAGAAGGCCUUUUCGAAGGGGUACAGGUUAAAGACGUCUGAGCAGCUCAAUGAUCUGAUUAAGGACAAGGUAAAUGAGCUGAACAGUUGCAACAUGUCAGAGGCUGGGGGCUUCAACUACUCCGAUAUAAUCGAUACGAUCCACGCUAACGGACCGCUGAAUUGGCUCAAGAACGGGGUAUUUAAUCAGAACCACGGUGAAAUGGACGGACGUCGCGGCAACGUUGCUAAUAAUAGCAAAGACGACGACGCCAAUGUAUCCAACAGCACGAGCAAGGCUGCUUUGAUCAAUGUGAAUGACAAAGAAGUUAUUAACAGGCUGGAUGUUAACACCGAUUCCGGAAUAGGAUACUAUGAAAGCCUUUUGGACGCCCCUGAUGAUUCAGUUGACCUCAACGACGAUUGCGAUGCCUCAAGCUCCAGCACUGAGGAUUCAUACCGGGAAUGCUUCUGCUACUACUACGGAAACCACAUUCGGGGGAGCGAGGGGGACCUUGAAGUCUGCAAUGUCGUCAGAUUCAACGAAAACCUGUACACCUUCUCAAACAUCUUCGAGAUGAGCCGGCUCAUUCAGCUCAACUCGAGGAAGCUGCAUUACUGCCCGCGCCACUGCUGCUUCGUCACCGUGUGGAAGGACGCCAUCGACCAGACGCGCAUCAUGUUCCACCCGAUUGAGCGGUUCAUCCCCUUCAAGAGCUUCGACGCCUACGUGAGCAAGUUUAAGCGCGACUGGCCCGAGGCGGUCAGGAUUCACAACCUCCACUCGCGCUCCCGUGACUCCGCCGAGGGCUCGAAGAUGGUCGCGAAGGUCAACGCGAUCCUCUGUGAGUGCUUUGGGAACCUGCUGAGUCUGCAGAAGAUCAUCAACGACGCCGUCGUGACCUCGAUGACUCUUGCGAUCCGCGCACUCUGCGACGCGUCGCAGGAGAAGAGCCUGCUGUCCAGGCUCUUUUUAAUCAACGAGCACUUCCGCGUCUCCAAGGACGCCAUGCGCAACGCGAUGGUUUUCUCAAACGAAAUCCUGUUCCCCUUCGGUGCUCUACACGACGAGGCUACACCACCCAUCUCGGACGACGACUUUUAA